AUGGCUUUCAUUCGAAUCACAAAUCCUUAUGUGGUGGCCUUGAUCGCUACCAUUGGUGGUAUGCUUUUUGGUUUCGAUAUCUCAUCGGUGUCUGCCUUCGUCAGUCAAGAUGAAUAUCGUAAAGCUUUUGGUUUCCCUAAUUCUAUUACCCAAGGUGGUAUCACUGCUGCCAUGUCUGGUGGUUCCUUUAUUGGUUCCAUCAUCUCUGGUGUCCUUUCUGAUAAGUAUGGUAGACGUCCCACUAUUACCCUUUCGUCUGUCAUCUGGAUGGUUGGUGCUGCCAUUCAAUGUUCUUCUGGUGGUCACAGCCCUUCUGGUAACAAGGCCCAACUAAUCGUUGGUAGAGUUGUUGCUGGUUUCGCUAUUGGUUUGGCCUCGUCCCAAGUUCCUGUCUAUGUUGCCGAGCUCGCUCCUAAGAACAUCCGUGGUCGUCUUGUUGGUCUCUUCCAAUGGGCUGUCACCUGGGGUAUCAUGAUCAUGUUCUACAUUGGUUAUGGUUGUUCUUUCAUUUCUGGAAAGGCUUCUUUCAGAACUGCUUGGGGUAUUCAAAUCGUCCCUGGUUUCUUGUUGUUCAUUGGUACCUUGUGUUUGCCUGAGUCUCCUCGUUGGUUGGCCAGUAAGGACAGAUGGGAAGAAGCUAUUGAGAUCAUUGCUGCUACUCAAGCUCACGGUGAUGUCAAUGACUCUGAUGUUCUUAUCGAGGUUGAGGAGAUCAAGGAGGUUAUCAGAAUUGACCGUGAAUCUCAGGCCACUACCAUUUUGGAUCUUUUCAAGAAGGAUUCUUUGAACCGUACUAUGGUCGGUAUUUGGGCUCAAAUCUGGCAACAAAUGACUGGUGUCAAUGUCGCUAUGUACUACGUUGUUAACAUCUUCGAAAUGGCUGGUUACACUGGUAACGUCAACCUUGUUUCUUCUUCCAUCCAAUACGUUCUUAACAUGGUCAUGACUGUUCCUGCUCUUCUCUUCAUUGACAGCUGGGGUCGUCGUCCUUUGUUGCUCAUUGGUGGUGUUCUCAUGAUGACCUGGUUGUUUGCUAUUUCUGGUUUGUUGGCUGUUUACAGUAACCCCGUCGACAGUGUUGAUGGUAACACCAACAUCAGAAUUUUGAUUCCUAAAGACAGAUCGGCUGCUUCCAAGGCUGUCAUUGCUUGUUCUUAUCUUUUCGUUAGUUCUUUCGCUCCUACCUGGGGUCCUGGUAUCUGGAUUUACUGCUCUGAAAUCUUCCCUCUUAGACAACGAGCUCUUGCCAACGGUAUCUGUGCUUCUUUCAACUGGAUCUUUAACUUCGCUUUGGCCUUGUUUGUUCCCAGUGCUUUCACCAACAUCACCUGGAAGACCUACAUCAUUUUCGGUGUCUUCUGUGUUGCUAUGAUCAUCCACGUUUUCUUCUUGUUCCCUGAGACUAAGGGCAAGUCCCUUGAGGAGAUUGACCAAAUUUGGGCUGAGAACAUUCCUGCUUGGAGAACUGCCAACUGGCAACCAAGAUUACCUUCUGUUAGCGACAUCAAGGCUGUUAACGGUGGUCGUGCUCCUACCUUUGCUGACAAGGUCGAGGGUGAGCAAGAGCACAAGGAGGCUCUCCCUGAAACUGCUGUUUAA